CUCUCAACUCGUACAUCAACCGGCAUCAUUCCCAAGGCGAUGCGAGACCGGUUAGGAUUGUCUGCCGAUGACACGAAAAAGCGUGAAAUGCGCAACCAUCGGUCGGGCACACUCGCAAUUUCCCCUCGCAACUGGCUCGCCAGUCCAUUUAGUGUUUAG